GAUAUAAUCAAUCAAUUUUGAUCUCCUUUUUUGGGUCUGUCUGUCUUUUUGCGAUCAUCCGGGAACUACCAAUUAAUUAAGGGAGAGAGAUCAGAUGGAGGAGGAGGAGGAGGGGACGGGCCGCGAAGGGUUGCUGGAGAAAGAGGAGGAGAGCUGCGGGCUGCAGGUGCGGGGGCCGGGAUGGCGGCGGCGAAGGCAGCUGAUGAUGAUCUGGGAGGAAGGGAAGCGGGUGGGGCAUCUGGCGGGGCCGAUGGUGGCGAUGGGGCUGACGCAGCUGCUGGUGCAGGUCGUCUCCAACAUGAUGGUCGGCCACCUCGGCCAGCUCGCACUCUCCAGCGCCGCCAUCGCCACCUCCCUCACCAACGUCACCGGAUUCAGCCUCCUCCUCGGUUUGGCGAGCGGAUUGGAAACCAUAUGCGGACAAGCCUACGGAGCAGAACAAUACCACAAACUCGCCGUGUACACCUACAGGUCCAUCACCACUCUCCUCCUCGCGUGCGUACCCAUCACUCUCCUGUGGCUGAUGAUGGCGAAGAUUCUCACCUUGCUCGGUCAAGACCCUGUGAUCUCGAGUGAGGCGCAGAAAUACGCAAUGUGGAUGAUCCCGGGCCUGUUCGCUUAUGCCGGCAUCCAACCGCUCAUGAAGUUCCUCCAGUCUCAAAGCCUGAUCCUCCCCUUGUUCUUGACUUCCUUAGCGACGCUAUGCUUUCACGUCCCUCUGUGCUGGGUGAUGGUGUUUAAGUUAGGCCUGGGGAACGUGGGAGCCUCGCUGGCGAUAAGCAUAUCGGAUUGGUUGAGUGUCUUACUGCUCAUUCUGUACGUCAGAUUCUCACCCUCCUGCGAAGAAACCCGAGCGCCGCUCUCAUGGGAGGCCUUCAGAGGCAUCAACGAGUUCUUGCGGUUCGCAGUGCCGUCCGCGCUAAUGAUGUGUCUUGAAUGGUGGUCCUUUGAGCUGCUCAUCCUUCUAUCCGGGCUCCUGCCGAAUCCAGAGCUUGAAGCCUCCGUGCUUUCUAUAUGUCUCACUUGCUUAACUACACUAUUCACCAUACCGAUGGGUAUUGGAGCUGCAGCAAGUAUUCGAGUAUCGAACGAAUUAGGGGCUGGGAACCCUGAACGAGCUCGAUCUGUGGCAGGCGUCACGGUGUUUGUCGGACUUAUUGAGUCUGUCGCGGCGAGCGUAAUCCUUUUAGCCUUGCGUCGCACCUUAGGCUACGCGUACAGCAGCGAGGAAGAGGUCAUAAAUUAUGUGACCAGCAUGGUUCCUCUGGCGUGCAUAUCUGUGAUCACUGAUGGCCUACAAGGAGUCCUCUCAGGCAUAUGUAGGGGAUGUGGGUGGCAGCAUUUAGGCGCCUACAUCAACCUCGGAGCAUUCUAUCUGUUCGGAAUUCCGGCAGCUGUGCUUUUGGGCUUCCGUAUGCACUUAGGAGGAAAGGGACUUUGGAUUGGCAUAAUUUGCGGCUCGACCACACAGACGAUCCUUUUGGCGGUCGUAACGUGCUUUACAAAUUGGGAAAAAAUGGUAAACAUGGCAAGGGAGCGAAUUUUUGAUGAAAGACUAGCAGAAGGGAGUGUCGCAGCAUGAGCCGAGGAAGGUGCCUAGGAUUCUAAAACACUCCAAAGCUUUGACAUCGGAUUAUCAAGAUUUUGCACCACAAGCUUUAGCUGAAACGGAAAUUCCAGUGAAUUAAAGUUGCUACUGCAACUAGAAUUUUGUCUCCUUCAUCUCGCACAAGCUUUAGCUUUUACAUUGGUUCAUUCGUGUUGAUUGUAAACCAUUAAAACUCCAUUCUCCUAUGGCUUAAGCUUUGGGUAUUUCACAUUGCACAAAAGUAGGAGGUCUGAAUUUGGACAUAAUCACGUCCAUCAGCAUUUAAUUCGGUGAGACUCGCAUAUUUUUCCCCUUAAUUUUAAGCAACUUCUCUUUAAUGAUGAUUUCCUCUGAUUUAA